GGCCCUGGGGGACUCCCCGCCACUAGAGGUGCCUCUUGCCUUCAUAAACAGGCCUUUUGGACUACAUCUCCCAUCAUCCUCAGCCCCAACAGUGAGGCUGAGCCCACACUGCAGAAACCAACCACUUCGACGCUGCUUUAACUGCCAUGCUGGGAGUUGUAGUUUAUUCUGGCCCUAAACCCCUCUGAAAGACUAGGCUCAAGGCCUCACAGGACUACAAAUCCCAGAAUCCCAUGGCAUUGAGCCAGGGCAGCUAAAGCGGUGCCGAAUUAAGCUCAAGAGGGCAGGAUGCCGCACAAGGUUGGGUUUAUUGUUGUGAGUUCAUCGGGACACGAGGAUGGCUUCAGCGCAAAAGAACUGAUGGUCCACGCGCCGACCAUCAACGGAUGGAGGUCACCAAGGCUCUGCCAAUAUCCCCAAGAAAUCGUCCUGCAGAUGGUGGAGCGAUGUAGAAUCCGGAAACUCCAGUUGCUGGCUCACCAGUACAUGAUCUCCAGCAAAAUUGAAUUCUACAUCAGCGAUAACCUGCCUGAGUACUUUGCGCCGUACAAGUCGGAGAGGUUCCGAAGGCUGGGUUACGUCUCUCUCUCGGAUAAUGAGAAGACUGGCUACAAAGCCCGAGAACUGAAAUCGGUCUAUGUGGAUGCUGUUGGCCAAUACCUGAAGUUGACCUUCCACAAAAACUAUGUCAAUCGAUACAACUUGUACAGCCAGGUUGCUCUUGUAGCCAUAAAUAUCAUCGGCGAGCCUGCAGAUUUCAGCAGCGACAACAGUCAUGCUUCACGAGAGAAGCUGAUUGACCAUUAUCUUGGAAACAACCCAGACGAAUCGGCCUUAGAUGGAACAUACAUUGGGAAGCCCGACUCCAUUUCACCACUGGAUGAUCUGGCCUUUGACAUGUACCAAGACCCAGAGGUUGCCCAGAUAAUUCGCAAACUGGAUGAGAAAAAACACGAAGCGGUGCGCAAGGAACACUACGAUCAGGCCAAGAAACUCAAGCAAGCCAUUGCGGACCUGCAGAAGGUCGGUGAGCGGCUGGGCCGCUACGAGGUGGAGAAGCGCUGUGCAGUUGAGAGGGAGGACUAUGAUCUGGCCAAGCAGAAGAAGCAGCAGAUGGAGGAGUACCGCCUCAAAGUCUACCAGCAGCUGGAAUUACACAACCUCCUUGAUCCGGACCUGAUGGUCCGGCGGCCCCCCGACUUGCCUCUUGACCCCCUGGCUUAUCCUGCCACGUCUCCUCACCAAAAGAAGCCUCUGCUUUCUCCCCGGCGGGACAGAACCGAAGCGGAGGCUGCCGAGGCUUUGUCUCCCGAAAAGCCACCAGAGGCUCUUUCUCCUGAGCCGGUUCUUGCCCAGAGCCCCUCUCCUCCUGCAGCCCAGGCGGCCCCUCUCUCUACCGAAUCUGGAAAUCCAAAGAUAAAUGCUGACUUCAUCCCUUACGACGAGAGGCCUCUCCCAGCCACCCGGAAGCAGCAGCAGGAGGAAGGGUUUGCUUACCUGGAUCCUGAAAUGAACGAGGAGGACAUGGGAGACACGCCAAGAAGUGGCACUGUGGGAGAGCCAGAGCCAUUGACGGAGAAAGCAUUGAGGGAGGCCAGCACAGCCAUUGAAGUGUUUGGCGAAGGGCUGGUUGCUGGGGCCUACUCCAAAACGUGGUCCUACCGGGAAGACUCAUUGCUCGCAAUUUACAAAAAGAUGAUGGAGGUGUCUCCCAGUACGCCAAAGGAAGACCUGAAGAACCUGCUUCGGGGUGCCAUCUUUCUCAUAGUGAGAGCCAUAAAAGACAUUGUCUCAUCGGUUUUCCACGCUUCCUUAAAACUUCUUAAAAUGAUCAUCACCCAGUAUAUCCCCGCGCAUAAGCUUGGGAAGCAAGAGACCGCGCAUUGUGUGGAGAGGACUUUUCCCAACCUGCUUUCCAGGACCGGAGACUCCUCUGCCCGCCUUCGCAUAGCGGCUGCCAACUUCAUCCAGGAGAUGGCCCUCUGUAAUGAAGUAAGGCCCCUUCAGAUCAUCCCUGCUCACCUGGUGCAUCCCCUGAAGCCAAAUUCUCCAACACAUCUCGCAAUGAGCCAGGUGGAAUUAGUGGAACGGUUGCUAAAAGAUCUCGGGACGGAUAACACCGGCUUCACCAUUGACAACGUCAUGCGCUUUGCCACAGGCGGCCUGGAGCACCGGGUCUAUGAGGUCCGCGAAACAGCCCUCCGGGUGAUCUUGGACAUGUACCGCCAGCACCGAGCCAUCAUCCUGGAUUACCUCCCUCCCGACGACGCCAACACCCGGAAGAACGUUCUGUACAAGACACUUUUCGACGGGUUUGCUAAAAUAGACGGCAAGCCCACGGAGUCUGAGAUGAGGGCACAGAAGAAGGCGGCCUCAGAAGAAGCCGAAAGACAGAAAAAGGAUGAAAUCAAAGUUUUGCAAGGUCAGCUGGCUGCUCUGAAGGAGAUGCAGACAGAAGCUCAGGCAGCAAAGGAGAAAGAGGCCGAUUUUCAGAAAUCCAAGAACCCAGGUGACAUCUUAAAAGCCCCACAGCCUACGGACGUUGCGGAUGAUCAUUCCUCUGUCACAAAUUACCUUGACAACCUUUGCAUCUUCUGUGGGGAAAGAGAUGAAUCUUUCACAGAGGAAGGCUUGGAUCUCCACUAUUGGAAGCGCUGCCUCAUGCUAACCAGAUGUGAUUUCUGCAAGCAGGUUGUUGAGAUCGCUAGCCUGACGGAGCACUUGCUGACCGAGUGUGACAAGAGGGACAAUUUUGGCAAGUGCCCACGCUGCUGUGAAGCCCUUCCAAAGGAUGAGCUGCCCCGCCACAUCAAGGGGAAGGCCUGCAACCCUGCCAAACCUGAAAAGGUGGCCAACCGUUGUCCCUUGUGCCACGAGAACUUCACUCCAGGAGAAGAGGCCUGGAAGGUGCACCUCAUGGGCAAAGAUGGCUGUCGCAUGAACCUGAGGCGGACCCAGAUCUUGAACAAGAGCUUGCCAUCGCAGUCCGUCACCGGCAGAACCGCCGCGCCACUCAACCGAUCCGGGCCACCAGCCGUGAAGCUUCGCUCCCCUUCGGUCGGAAGCAAGAUCCCCACUCCACGCGGAGGCUUGAAUAAAAGCACUGGCAGAACGUACGCCAAGCGAUGACAUGGAUCUCUUCUUCCCCCGAGGGUGUCUUUGCAGGUGAUGAUGGCUACACCCGGUCUCUCUUCUUUGCCCAAGCGGCAUGCGCCCCUGGCUGUCGGCUAGUUGCCUCGCUCUAUUUAUGAUCGUAGGUUGGUUCUCUGAUAGGUUGACUGCAUCCACCCGCACCAGCGCUUCGGUGUGGAGCAGUUUGGCCCCACAAAACCCCUGGCCCUUUAAGCCAGUUGGGGUCCCAUCACCCCUUGUUUGUUAUCACUGGUUCUCAGGGUGCUAAAUCACUUGCCGCUGUCCUUGAGAAGCAAAGGGAGGGGCAGAAGGAAGUUAAGCCAUACCUUUUUUUGCCACCAACGCCUCCGUUUAGUCCUUUGCUUUUCGUGUUGUUUACCAUGAAGCUCUCAUCCCAAUUCCAGCGAGUUGUCAUAGACCUUUCCUAGGCAAAGUGAACUGCAAUCGAGGUACAGACUGAAGUGUUCAUAGGGCACAUUUGAAAUGUGCAUUCUCAUUUUUCUUGGGGUCCACACAGAAUUCC